UUUUAUUUUGAAACCUCACAGUGGCACCGGAAGUGAGUUCCAGAUUCGCGGAGUCUGUGAGCACGCAGGCGUAGUUAUCGCAAUGAGUACAGAUGGUGUGUCUCCGAGAUAAAGCUUAAAUGUUGAAUUGGUGAAGUGGAUAAUGGGCUGUAGUUGAGAUCCAGAGAGAUCAUGGCAUCAUGACCGAGGAGCUGUUCAGAAACACACAGGUGUCCAUGAAGGUGGCUGCUUUGCGCUUUGUGGACUUGCCUCUGUCAGUCUAUUACUCGCUUCCACAGGUGAGUCUGAGCACUGGCACCAAGAAACUCUUUGCCGCCACUGCCUUCGGCGCGGUCUCCCUCAUCUACCUCGCCCGGCACUUCAGGAGGAGGAAGGGCAAGAAAAAAGCCAGUUUGCCUGUAGAGCAGGAAACAUUUGAGUUCCUCACCACUGUCCCCCUGAAAAAAGAGUCUGAGUGUCAAAAUCUGCCUCUGAACUCAAAGAACUGCUACUCGUGUAAUGUGGUGUCCAAUAGUAGUCCGUUCAGCAAGCUUUCCAGCUCCCUGCCGAGCCUGGCCUCCGUGAGGAGCAGGCACUCCUCCAGUAGCUCCACCUGUGCUAAUGGCUCCAGUUGUUGGGAUGGAGCAGGAGAUGACGGUGAAGUCUGUAACCUGCUCAACAUCCCCGUCACCACUCCAGAGAACCUCUACCUGAUGGGAAUGGAGUUGUUCGAGGAGGCCCUGCGGCGCUGGGAACAGGCGCUAACGUUCCGCAGCAGGCAAGCGGAAGAUGAUGAAAACUGUGCAUCCGUGAAGCUGGGAGCUGGAGAUGCCAUUGCAAAUGAAAGCAUGGAGGACAUCAGUGUAGAAUUCAUUCGGAAGCUGGAGUCCCUGCUACAGAGAGCCUAUCGGCUCCAGGAGGAGUUUGAGGGAGCACUGGGAAUGACAGACCCUUCAACACGUCCUAGUAAUGAUAAGCACAUGGAUCUCGCCGUGCGGGAGGACUUGGAGGACACCUGUCUGAGAGAUUCAAUCAGCAUCGCCUCAACAGAUUCCUUCGUCUCUGCCGCAGAGUUAUCUGAGCACAGAGAGAUGAGGAGUGCCCAUGCGCUGGGGUCACUGUGUCAUCACCCCUUUUAUGAGGAUGCCCUGCAGAUGGCUGAGGAAGGGAAGAUCUCCUGUCGAGUGCUACGAACUGAAGUGUUGGAAUGUCUUGGAGACACUGAUUUCCUGGCAAAGCUGCACUGUGUACGGCAGGCGUGUCAGGUCAUCUUAUGUGAAAGAGCAACUAGAGCAUUUCUGGCUGACACAGGAAAGAGUAUAUUAUCUUCAAUAAUUGUUAAAGCAAGGAAGAGCCCAAAGAGAUUUGAGGAGGUGUUUGAAGAAAUGAUUUGCUUUCUGGAGCAAACGGAACAUUGGGAGAACACAGAAAUGGAGCUUUCUGCAAGAGGGGUUAAACACCUGGACUUCUAUGACAUUGUUCUUGACUUCAUCCUUAUGGACUCAUUUGAGGAUCUUGAGAAUCCACCUAUCUCUAUUCAAAAUGUGGUCAACAAUCGUUGGCUCAACAACUCCUUCAAAGAGACGGCCGUUGCAUCAAGUUGUUGGUCUGUUCUGAAGCAGAAGAGGCAAAAUAUGAAGGUUCAAGAUGGCUUCAUUGCGCAUUUCUAUGCAGUGUGUGAACACAUAAGUCCUGUCUUGGCCUGGGGGUUUCUAGGCCCUAAAAGUUCCCUGCACGAUUUAUGCUGCUUCUUCAAGGAACAGGUGCUGUUCUUCAUGAAGGACAUUUUCGAUCUGGAUAAAGUGCGUUACUCUAGUCUGGACACUCUGGCUGAGGACAUCUUGCACUUGCUUCACAGACGUUCUGAACUGCUUCUUGCCUAUCUAGGCACUGACAUGAUCCGUCACCUAAAUGGCUGUAGUGGCACACCUUUGCACCUGCUACCCAGUGCUUUGCUGGAAGCACAGGUUCAGUGAGCUACAUCUGUAUCAUCCUCCACAUUUUCAUGGAUGUUUAACUCAUUGCCUACAGCUGCUAAGUUGACUGCACAUCAUGACUCUUGUCUUCCAAGUCAUUAUUAGUGCCAUGUUAAUGCAGUAUAGAGUUUGUGUAGUGAUUAAAUGAAGUGGGUAAGAAGGGACAGAGAUGUAUUUUAUAUGCCUUUCAUGUGGUGUUCCAGUAGCUUUAAUUUUUUACUUUUAAUGAAUGAUUUGAGUUUUUGGGUCCUUUGUGUUUUGAGAUUUGAAAGUUUUCACUCUGUAUUUUCAUAGUUCUGAAACUAGGAUGUUAUUCAUGAGAUUGUCAUAUGUAGGUCAAUUAAGAGUCUCCAAACCUUUCAUGGGAAUUAAUGUUCAACACUGGCCAUGAGUUCAGUUUAGACUUCUCUACUCUUUAUGCCAUGAGAAUUAUGUGGAACAGCUGGCUGUUAUGAAUAAUUACAUGAUCUAUUACAAAACAGUACAUGUAUUGUGACGAAUUUGAUGUAUUCUGUAAUAUGUGGAUUUGAGGCUGCAUUUUGUUCAUAACAUGUUAUGCCAGUAUACAAGUAUUAGUUGAACACUGAAAUCACUAAAAAACCUCAAAGCCAAUUUUAAUGAUUACAAUUUUAUUGAUGACAAUGGCAACAAUCUAACAUUUCAGACCAACAAUUCUCAGCAAAAAUCAAAAGUACAUUCAACAACUUUAACAGUUCAUGUUAGUUUUACCUCAAAGGCAUGCUCCAAAUUUCUCAGCUAGCCUCCGAUUUUCUCUUCGUUUUUAGACCCCCACGAAUUCUGUUGUGAACAAUUUGCUCAAAAAGGAAACAUCUUGCAUGCAUACAAAACGAUAUGCAGCAAUGGAUAAAGACUAAGUUUAAAGAAACUCUGUUUAACAAACAAAAACCAGCCUGGCAAAUGUCUACUAAAAAGAAAGAAAAAAAAAGUUCCUGGUCAUGGUCCACCUGUACAGCAUUAUGCACAUAAAAUCCCUACACUUAUCAACAAAAGGCAAAGAAUGUACUCAAAACAUUUCAUAGAACCAUUAGUCAACCAAUAAUACAGAGGCAUAUGGCUACAUUUCUAUAAUCAAAACUAACUGGCAUCACCCUAAACUAACAGUAACAUUGACUUUGCAAUGACAGAUUCCUCAUGAUAUUUUUACCUUAUAACUGGAGCCCUUGAACAGUCUACGUUCAGCGGAGGGACAGAUUCAAAGGAUUCCUCCUUACGGACAAACUAGCUCAGGACCUGAUUCUACGAACUACGCCUGCAGCAUCUUCAACACUGUGAGUGAGAAUGAAGGCAGCAAUGUGGGACAAACAUUAGCACUACAGAGGGGCAACAAGAAAGCUUGCAAACCAAUGAAACAUGAGCAUACAUAGUAUACGUCAGUUAUCAGUGAGUGCAUUCAUAGGGCUAACUCUGGAUCAUUUCGCAUCUGCAUGCAUUGUGUAAGAGUAGAACUGAACCACACUAGACACUUACCAGGAAGCUAACAAAUGAGCAAAUCAAAAUCACAUUUGUUUCAAUUAGGACAAAAAAAAAACAAUUCUAGUUAGAGGAAAACAUUUGUUAACUACAGGUCAAGGCCAUGCAAUUCAUAUGGACAAAAAAAAAUGCAUACUUCUAAAAUCUUAAUUCUGACGUACGCCAGUCUAUCUACUACGAGAGACAUCCUUCAUUUAAACAGCGGCACAAAUCGACCUCAGUUUCAAAGGUGAAAAGCAUUACACUAGAUCACAGGUUCAAUCGUUUUGAUUUCUUAGGAUACUCUUACCUGUGUUAUUGCUGCAGAACCUAAGGUGCAAGGUCAGGGAUGACACUGCAAGAUUAGACAUUGCACUGCUCACUAAUGAACAGUCGA